AUGGCGAGGCGGCAACUGACGACGCCGUCAACAAGUGGAUCCAAUGAAGAGACGACACGUGGCACGUAUAUGCCGACGGCCAGACCGUCGGCAUAUCUUGACAUCUAUGCCGAUGGUCUGGCCGUCGGCAUAUACGUGCCACGUGUCGUCUCUUCAUUGGAUCCACUUGUUGACGGCGUCGUCAGUUGCCGCCUCGCCACUUUUUGUGCCGACGGUGAUCCUAUGCUGACGAUUCUUCUUCGAGGCUAUUUCGAAGCGUCGGGAAAGGUCUUGGAUGCUGCAAUCAGAGGCUUCAAGGAUUAUUUGGCGUCGGGUUCAGCACCAACCAAUGCUGAUGCGGCAUCAUCUAGAGUGGCAUCAGAUGUCCCGGUGAUGAAGAUGAAUAAUCGGACAAACGACACUGAAUGUGCGGAGCUAAUUGUCAAGGAGAUGUCGGCCGCUUCAGAUUUGAUCGACACCAAGAAUCGAGCCUUCAUGAUACUUGAAUUGUUCGACAAAUCUGCCGCACACUGCAAUACUCCUGAUGAAAAGCAGAAAAUGCGUGAGCACAAGAUACUGAAGCAGAUGCUGGGAGGCCUGCUUCACCAGAACGGCGUCCUGAAGAGGGCCUUUCUUAUCCAGCACAACCGGCUCAAGGACUACCAGGACAUGGUGCAAGAACGGUCCCAGUUCAAGGAGAUCGUCGGCAAGUACCAGCAGCAGAUCAAGGCGCUAGAGGUUAGGAACUAUGUGCUGUCGUUGCAUCUCGCGGGGUCGGAUCAUCAGAGUGACAUAUCUGGGCACCGUAACCCCGACGUCCCCUAG